AUGGCGGGAACGAGUUCCUCCGAAGAUGGAAAACUUCUCUCACUCUUCAUUGCUUCUCCAACCUCGCUGCUCGCUUUCGAUAUCUUCGCUGUCGAGAAUGCUUCCCUCUCCCACCACUACCACCUUCCGAUUCGCUCCAUUCCGUGUCAGAUUCCGCUUCAAACACUGUUACACUCGAUCAAGACGACAGAGGCAUCGAGAGCGCACGGUGUUUUGCAGGACGUGCACGAGAGUGUUUUGUUGAACUUGCAUCGCGUUGAGAAGAAUCUUAAGUUUUGGCAGUUCAUGGCUAAGAGAUCAAAUGCUAGGAAAGUGUAUUUCAUGGUUUUUGAGAGGGGUCCUAGGGCUUUGAAUGAUGAAAUAGUGAAGUUGUUGCGUAGUCAUCGUCCGCACGACGCUCAGGGUUCUUCCUUGCAGAAUCUAUGCCAAUCUGCAUCUGACUAUAUGAUAGAGAGAUUAGAUGUUUCCACAACUAAAAAUUCUUAUAUUUUAAUCUGGCAGACUCAAACUCGUGUUUGUUCCUUCCUUCUCCUCCAUCAUUGGACACUCUUGCCCUUUCUCACAGCAGCGCCACCGCAAAGCUUGGAGCGCGCGCUGGUUCCGAUGGCGGAAACAGAAUCCUCCUCCUCCUCCGGCGACGACAGAAAACUCAUCGUCUCACACUUGUACUCCAACUACAUCAGGAAUCGACUCAACGCUCUCCAUCGCUUCUCCCCUUUCAAUCUCCUCUCCAACCUCGCCGCUCGCUUCCGAUUAUCUCCCCGUCGAGAAUGCUUCCCUCUUCCGCUACCUUACAAUUUGCUCGAUUCUUCUACGACCAUGACGGAGUCAUCUAGAGCUCACGUUGUUCUGGAGGACGUGUUAGAGCGUGUUUUGAUGAAUUUGCAUCUAAUCGAGAAGAAUCUUCAGUUUUGGCAGUCCAGAGCUGAGGGAUCAGAUGCUAGGAAAGCGUAUUUCAUGGUUUUUGAGAGGGGUCCCAGGGCUUUCAUUGAUGAAACAGUGAGGUUUUUGCGUUGCGUUGCUCAGAGUUCUUCCUCGCAGAAUCUAUGCCAAUUUGCAUCUGAUUAUAUUAGUGAGAGGAAAACUGUUCUGGAUAGCUUGAGAUUUUCACUCGCGACUUUCUUGGCUCAGGUUUAUGUGGAAGUUGAUAAAAUUCGAAAGGAGUUACGAACGGAUCCAGAGAAUAGGCUUCCUUCAUUGUUGGCUACAAUUAAUGAUUUGUUCUCAACAUUAGAAGCUUCAAUGCGUCAGAGUGACUAUUCUAUGGAUGGGAGCCAUUCGACUCCCCUGUUGUUUGAGAAGCUUCCGGAAAUAAAUCCAGAGAGUUCCCAAUCGACAGAUUGUGAAAUCAAGGACGCUAUUAAUUCUGUCUAUCAAAAUUUAGACAAGCUGGAUUCUUACAUAUCUUUUCUUGUUAUCAAACAUAGAAAACCCAAGAAAAUAACUCAAUAUUGGAUCCGGUAUACAUGUGGUGCAGUUGGUCUAUCAGUAUGCUCCAUUUGGCUCUUACGACAUAGUAGUUUGAUGGGAAGUUCUGAUCUUGAUAAUUGGAUUAAGGAAGCAAAGGACUCAACAGUUAGCUUUUUUAAGGACCGUGUAGAGAAACCGAUAUUGUCCAUCAGAGAUGAACUUUUUGAGACAUUCAGGAAGAGGCAUCAUGGUAUUAUGGACCUUGAAGAGGUGCAAUUGACUUUCAACUCACUACAUAGAAUGUUGUUAGCUUUCAGUGAGCAGACAAAGGGUGAGAAGUUCCCAGCGAAUGCCUCUGAUCAGGAAAUGCUCGCGAUAGUCAUGGAUAGGUAUGAGAAGGAACUCGUGCAUCCUAUUCAAAACCUUGUCAGUGGAGAGCUAGCUCGGGCCAUGCUUAUUCAGGUUCAAAAGCUCAAACUGGAUAUUGAGACGGCAAUGCUAGAGUUGAACCAAAUUCUAAGGGCAAAUGAAAUCAACUUCGCCGUUCUAGCUGCUUUACCUGCAUUCGUUCUCUCCCUUUUACUCAUCAUGUUAGUACGGGCAUGGUUUAAACAGGAUACAAAAGCUGAGGGAAGAGGUAGAGCUGCUCAAAAAAUGAGGAGGCUACUUGUUGUAGAGGUUGAGGAAAGGAUUAUUCAGUACCAAAAUUAUGUCAAUGAGGGGUUGGAGAGAGAUGCACAAUGCAUGUACGGAAUGCUACUAUAUAGCUUGUAUCGCCUGUACCAUUCCGUCAAGAGACAUCCCGAAGAUUCUGGAAAGUGGCAGCGUUUGCGGCGGGAUAUAAUUGAUUUGGCUAGGCCUGGCCUGCAAACUGCAGAUAAGCUCUACGUGACUUCACGCAUGGAGAGGGUCUACGACUGCUUGCUUCCGAUUUUAAAACGCCAGUAGCAAAGUUCAGUUUACUUCUGUUCUUACUUUUCAUUGAUGUUUUUUGGGAAUGUUUUUGUUUCAUUCGGCUCACGUUCUCAAGGCAUCAGAACGCUGAAGCAACUCUUGUUCCAUUGAGUAAAACAAAAUCACACUUUGUUGCUAACUUGAAACCCAGUUUUGUUGUGGGUACUAUGCAUAUAUUCCUCAUCUAUGGUGACCUUUUAACACCAUAGUAAGAUCAUGGAUUUGAAGAAUUUUGUCAAUUGUAUUCAAAUCAUAUUAUGAAAGGAUGAUACAUUUUCAUUU